AUGUCGCCUGCUCAUUCGUCGAACGGAAAGGACUCCGCAGCUGCCCGAAUUUUGGGAUCGGGUGCAUCUGGUGUGGCUGAGCUGCUCAUCUUCCACCCUGUUGACACGGUGGCCAAACGCUUGAUGAGCAACAAGAGCAAGGUCUCUUUCUCGACACUAUCGCCCAUCAUAUUUCGCGACUCUGCCACUGCACCUCUGGCGCGCAAAUUCUUGUCUCUGUUUCCCGGUUUGGGCUAUGCAGCAGGCUACAAGGUCGCGCAACGCGUGUACAAGUUCGGAGGUCAACCCUGGUUCAACGACAUCAUCAACAAGCACUACAAGACCAAUUUCACGAACACCUUCGGCGAGCGGAAAGGAAAGAUGAUGAUGCAAGCCACGGCUGGGAGCCUGACGGGUAUCGGCGAAGUCGUCCUACUCCCGCUAGACGCCCUCAAAAUCAAGCGUCAAGUGAACCCGGAGGCGUUCCGUGGCCGAGGAGUCAUCCGAAUCUUCAUGGAGGAGGGCACGACACUCUACCGUGGAUGGGGAUGGACGAUGGCGCGUAAUGCACCGGGAAGCUUCGCUCUUUUCGGUGCUUCAGCAGUCACAAAGGAGUACGUCCUCGGCGUGCAAGAUUACUCAAAAGCCACCUGGACACAAAACUUCAUCGCCUCCAUCGCCGGUGCUGUUGCCUCAAUCACAGUUGCUGCUCCUCUCGAUACUGUCAAGACGCGUAUCCAAAACGCCAACUUCGAGCGCAAGGUGCACGGUGUCACCGUCGUGAAGGACUUGGUCAAGAACGAGGGUGCGACAGCGUUCUUCAAAGGUCUGACACCCAAGAUCCUCGUCGUUGGUCCUAAGCUUGUCUUCAGCUAUACCCUCGCCCAAUCGCUGAUACCCUUCUUUGCGCAAUACGUCUAA